AUGUCCUCAAAGCGCAAGCCGGAGCCAGCGAAACCGGAGGCGACCACCACCACGCGACGCGUCGGCCAGCGGACGCGCCUGCAGCCGCUCGCGUGGUGGAGCAACGAGCGCAAAAACUACGAGGCCUCCGAGAACGGUCCAGUGCUCACCGGCGUGCUCUCACCUGGCGAAGGCAAGAUCAAGCCGCUGACCGGCUCCUCUCCAUCUCCACCGCACAGCAAGCGCAAGGUCGAGCCGCGCCGCCGCAAGAAGAAGGUGGCGUUUGAAGGAGGAUACCCUGGAGGCGAGGCGGCCCGCAAGCAAGAGGCCGAGGCUGCGGCCGCGGCGGAGACGGAGCGGGAGGAGCGGGUGAGGCUGGAGGAGGAGGCGAAGGCGGAGACUGCGCAGCAAGCAGAGCUGGAGGCCGAGGCGGCGCCGCCCGUGGGCCCUCCGAGUGUGAGCGAGACGAUCCGUCGAGACGAGGCGGCGCGCGACGAUCUCGAGAUCGAGGUGGACGGGGCGCGGGACUCGGAAACGUACUCAGAGACCUCUGAAGACGAGGCCGAGGACAACACCACACAGGCCUCAGCGAAGACAACCGAGGACAAGAUGGAAACGACUCCGUCUCCCGCGCCCGCUCGCAAGCGUUUCGAGCAAGCGGAGGCCGGUGCAGCUGAAGGCGAGAGCGAGACGCUGGCGCCCGAGCAGCGCAGCAUGGAGGCGGAACCCGCCCCUGCGCCGGGCGACGCCAAGCUGGUCGAGGAGCCCGUGGGCAAGGAGACCGCGCCGCCGGAGGCACCCGCGCAGGCGGCCGCUGCGGCGGUCCUUCCGAAGGCAUCGACGCUCAAGCUGCCCGGAAUCGACAUCACGAGGCAUCGUCAUUUCCCGCUCUCUGCGAGGAACGCUCGGCCACAGCUCCCAUCUUCGCCGGCGAAGCGCGUCGUCUCAUUGACAGCGACGGGCCUGGGCGCGAUCUCGCUCAAGACGGCGGCCACGCCCAAGGCGGUGGCGAAGGCGGCUACCAAGCCCGUGGCGACUGCACCGGAUGUUGAGGAGGAGGCGAGCGAGGCGGCUUACGCGACGCUCCUCACGCAGCUGCGCCGGUUCUAUGGCGAGUUCGAGCCCACCCGCCUCAUCGAGCGGGACGGAGCGGCCGUCAAGGAGAUUGCGCGCCAUUACGCGGUGCCGGGCCGCGAGGCUGAGCUCCGGCAAAAGCUGCUGUCCAAGUACGGCCACACCCACGAUCUGAUGCCGCCGCCGAUGUCGCCGGUGCCCGCGGUGUCUGCGGCGAUGAUGGCGCCGCUGAGCGCCUCGGCGGCGGCGGCACCUACCCCUGUCAUGGCGGCAGCCUCGCAGCCGCUGCUCGCGUUGGACGGCCCAUUCACGGCGCGCGCGCUACCGAUCAAGCCGGCAAAGCCGUUGGACUCGCCGUCUCCAUCGCAAGAGGGACGCGCCGCGGAGCCUGCGGCGGCGGAGGACAAGACCGUCACGCUCCCGGCGGGCUGGGAGGAGUCUUGGGGCCGCAAGGCGCUGUACUACGUGAAGCGCAACGGGUCCGACAAGGAAGACCCAAAGCCCCUCGAGGAGGACGACAUCCCCCUCGCCAUGCGGAUUGCGUUCCAACACAAGCUCGACCUCCCCGCCAUGCAGCAGUGA